AAAGAUCGCACAACACAAUAAACAGAGCUUUCAUUCUCUUUCUCUCUGUUUGCUGCAAUAACUUUCAUGUGAUUAGAACAAGGAGAAGAAGCAGCAAACGAGCUUUCUUUUCUAUUUUUUUCCCCACCUUCUUCUUCGAAUUCCUUUGUCCGCUCCAAAAGUGCAUUCUUUUCUCUAGGGUUAACAAUCUUCCAAAACCGCUGAACAAACACCCGGAAAAAAAAAAGAAAAACAGAACCCCAAUUAUUAAAAAAGAAAAAACCAAAAUCAAAACCCCAACACAGAAAAGUUUCAAACUUUAACCACCAUGAAUAGGGGGAAGCUACUGGACCCACUGCCACCGCUCCUUCUUCCCAACAGGCUCACCUUGCUCCAAGUUUUCAUGGCGGUGAUGCUCAUCUACCUCCUCUUCAUGACCUUCGAAAUCCCACUCGCAUUCAGAGCCGCCACCGUCUCCUCCACCGAAAGAGCCACGACCUUCGUCUUCCUCAGCGACGCAUUCCCAGUCCCACUCGCAGAACCCGAAUACCAGCCGACUCGACCCGAAUUCCAGCCCAAAAACAGAACUUUCUUCCCUUCCCCCAAAGUCUCCACAUUGAGCUUCAAUGACAGCUUCAACGGCGAGUUCUCUGAGCUUCACAAGGUCGCAAAGCAAGCCUGGGUCGCCGGCAGGAGGUUGUGGGAGGAUCUCGAAUCGGGGAAAGUGGAAUCCGCUGCUCGUAGGUUCCGGGUCGAAAACGGGUCGGACAAGUGCCCGAAUUCGGUUUCGGUUUCUGGGCCGGAAUUCAAGAAGGGUGUGAUGGUGUUGCCGUGCGGGAUGACGCUUUGGUCGCACGUGACGGUGGUAGGGACGCCGAGGUGGGCACAUGCGGAGAGGGACCCGAAGAUAGCGGUGGUGAAGGAAGGGGAUGAAGCGGUUAUGGUUUCGCAGUUCAUGAUGGAGCUUCAGGGUUUGAAGGCCGUUGAGAACGAGGAACCGCCGAGGAUCUUGCAUUUCAAUCCGAGGGUCAAGGGGGACUGGAGCGGCAAGCCUGUGAUCGAGAUGAACACGUGCUAUAGAAUGCAAUGGGGGAAUGCUCAGAGGUGCGAGGGAUGGAAGUCACGUGCCGAUGAGGAAACUGUUGAUGGACAGGUGAAGUGUGAAAAGUGGAUUCGGGAUGAUGACAGCCACUCGGAAGAGUGGAAGGCAACAUGGUGGUUGAACAGACUCAUAGGGCGAAAGAAGGAGGUGACUGUAGACUGGCCAUAUCCUUUUGCAGAGGGGAAACUGUUUGUUCUUACCGUAAGUGCCGGCUUGGAAGGUUAUCAUAUUAGUGUCGAUGGGAGGCAUGUGACGUCCUUUCCCUAUCGCACAGGCUUUGCUCUAGAGGAUGCUACUGGACUAUCCAUAAAUGGGGACAUUGAUGUGCACUCCAUAUUUGCCGCUUCUUUGCCUACGUCGCAUCCUAGCUUUGCUCCACAGAUGCAUCUUGAAGUUAUUCCUCAGUGGAAAGCUCCUCCUCUUCUCAAUACAAAUGUGGAGCUCUUCAUUGGCAUCCUUUCUGCCGGCAACCAUUUUGCCGAACGAAUGGCCGUGAGGAAGUCCUGGAUGCAACAUAAACUAAUCAAAUCUUCGCAUGUUGUGGCUCGGUUUUUUGUCGCAUUGCACGGAAGGAAGGAUACAAAUCUGGAUAUAAAGAAAGAAGCAGAGUAUUUUGGCGAUAUUAUUAUAGUUCCCUACAUGGAUCAUUAUGACCUUGUUGUGUUGAAGACUAUAGCUAUCUGUGAAUAUGGGAUACGUACAGUGGCUGCUAAGUAUAUCAUGAAGUGUGAUGAUGACACAUUUGUUAGAGUAGAUUCUGUUAUAAGCGAAGCAAGAAAAGUUCAAAGUGAUAGAAGUCUCUACAUGGGAAAUAUGAAUUACCACCACAGGCCUCUUCGCCAUGGCAAAUGGGCUGUAACGUAUGAGGAAUGGCUAGAGGAAGAGUAUCCUACGUAUGCUAAUGGACCCGGUUACAUAGUCUCAUCUGACAUUGCCCACUUCAUUGUUUCCGACUUCGAGAAGCGUAGGCUAAAAUUAUUUAAAAUGGAGGACGUGAGCAUGGGAACGUGGGUAGAGCAAUUCAACAGCACAAGGCCGGUAGAGUACAUACACAGCUUGAAGUUCUGCCAGUUCGGCUGCAUCGACGACUACUACACGGCACACUACCAAUCGCCGCGGCAAAUGACUUGUAUGUGGGAUAAGUUGCAACAGCAAGGAAAACCACUCUGCUGCAACAUGAGAUGACAAAGGUAAUGGAGAAGAAAAUACAAAGGGAGGCAAGUACCUGUGAUGUAAAUAUGCACUUUUUGGGGAUUCUUUGAUGUUAUUAUCCCCUUUUUGAUGCACCCUCCAAAACCUAAAAAGAAUAGAUGAGUUACGUACAUAAUACUAUAAAGUUGGAUCUCACAAUAGUAGUUGGCUUGUAAAUUUGGGAUGUAGAGAAAAAAAAGGUACGGAAGAAAAAUAAAAUUAAUUUUCUAUUACUAAA